CCAGAAAUUAUUAUCGAAUACUCGCUAUAUACUUCGAAGCUCACGCAGAUAAAAGUUGACUCAUCUUCUCAUAUCCCCUGGUUACUUGGAGAAACUAGCACUCGUUCAGCCCGUGCACGCCAUAACAAUUCUUGUCUCAGCACCAGCACCCUAACCACCCUUAUGAGUGAGGGGCAUUCAUUACCUUCAACAAGGAACAGUAUAAUGUUGCAGCCACAUUUUGCAACUCCUCCUCCAAGGGUUGCCGAUGCUCUAGUGUCGUUCCCGAAUCCUUAUAUCCUUCUCGUCGUUAUAAACCGCCCACAGGUCCUUAAUUGCAUUGGCACGAGAGGAGAUCAGGAGUUGACGGCUCUUUUUAGUUGGCUGGAUUCUGAGCCAUCCCUCCGUUGCGCAGUUAUCACGGGCGCUGGGCGUGCAUUCUGUGCUGGUGGUGACCUUAAGGAGUGGAAUGAACUCAAUGCAAAGGGGCAGGUCAAAAAAACCCCCCCCGAGGGAUUCUGUGGGCUUUCACAGCGGAGAGGGAAGAAGCCUGUGAUAGCUGCUGUAAAUGGCCUUUGCUUUGGGGGCGGUUGCGAGAUGAUCAUAAACUGUGAUAUGACCAUUGCAAGCGAAAAGGCGGUUUUUGGUCUGCCCGAGGUGAAGCGUGGCGUCGUUGCUACGGCCGGAGCCCUGCCAAGGUUAACGAGGAUUAUCGGCCGUCCACGCGCCAUGGAGAUGGCACUUACAGGGCGGACAGUGAGCGCCCAAGAGGCGGCUGAAUGGGGUCUUGUGAAUAGGGUUGUAGGCAGUGGAGGAGAAGGAGCUAGCAGUGAGGUGGUUGCUGAAGCAAUUCGCUUGGCCAACAUGAUUGCAGACAAUAGCCCCGACAGCGUCAUUGUGACUCGCGAAGGGAUCAAGAUGGGAUGGGAAGGUGUGAGCGCCGAAGAGGGCACCCGCAUACUCGAAAAAGAAUGGUUUUCAAGAAUGAACCAGGGAGAGAACAUGAAGGAGGGUGUGAGAGCAUUUGUAGAGAAGAGAAAGCCUAAAUGGGUGGCAAGCAAACUGUAA